AUGGAGCCGGGCGAGUUACCAGAGGAUCUGACCGUCGCACACCCGGACCGCGUCGACGUGGUUGUCGAUGACGCGCCGAACCGCGCACCCGCUGACGUGGCGGCGAGGGAGCGCGAGUGGAGCGGCGCGGGCGGGCGGCGCGCGUGCGGCGACAGGGCGAGCGGCGAUCGCGCGUUCCAGUGGUUGCUGGCGCCCGUGUCGCCCGCGCGGUUCUACGAGCAGUGGUGGGAGCGCCGCGUGGGCCUCGUGCUCCGCCCGCUCAGCAGGGAGUACUACACGGGGUGGUUUGGGCGCGCUGACGUGGACAAGCUCUUGAGGGCGGGCGUGCUGCGCUAUGGCACCAACAUCGAUGUCGUGCGGUACAGUGCGGUGCACGGCGGUGCGCGCGAGACGCUUAAUGGGGAGGGCGUGGCAGGUUUGUUGUUGUGGCAGGGGCGGGCUGGGAAGUGUGGCGGGAAGAGGGGGGUGAGUCGAGGGAGUGAUCGGGGGGGGGAGGGGGCAGUUGCUGCUGCUGCUCAUUGCACGGUGUCUGUUUCUCCUCCAUUCGCCCCCUUCUACCUCACUGCCUUGCCGCCACAUGCCCUCAUGCACAUACACUCUCUCCCCUAUCCCCACUCUGCUCUCCCCUAUCCCCACUCUGCUCUCCCCUAUCCCCACUCUGCUCUCCCCUAUCCCCACUCUGCUCUCCCCUAUCCCCACUAUGCUCUCCCCUAUCCCUAUCCCACUCUGCUCUCCCCUAUCCCCACUCUGCUCUCCCCUAUCCCCACUCUGCUCUCCCCUAUCCCCACUCUGCUCUCCCCUAUCCCCACUCUGCUCUCCCCUAUCCCCACUCUGCUCUCCCCUAUCCCCACUCUGCUCUCCCCUAUCCCCACUCUGCUCUCCCCUAUCCCCACUCUGCUCUCCCCUAUCCCCACUCUGCUCUCCCCUAUCCCCUCUCUGCACUGCCGCUAUUCCUUCGCUUGCUUGCACCUCUUCUUUCGACGCGGAGAGUGUGUGGGCAUUGUUCGAGAGUGGGUGCUCGCUGCGAGUGCUGCACCCGCAGCGCUGGAGUGA